AGCUUCAUGGUGGUAGCCCCCAUUUUCAGCUACCUGAGCAAUCGCUUCAACAGGAAGGUCAGCUGUGGCAUUUUCUUCUGGUCUGCAGUCACCUUCUCCAACUCCUUCAUUCCCCAGCAGUAAUUCUGGCUGCUUGUCCUGUCCCAGGGGCUGGUGGGCAUCGGCGAGGCCAGCUACUCCACCAUUGCACCCACCAUCAUCAGUGCCUUCACUAAGAACACACGUACGCUCAUGCUGUCCAUCUUCUACUUCGCCAUCCUGCUGUGCAAGGGACACGGCCUGGGCUACAUCACUGGCUCCAGUGUGAAGCAGGCAGCUGGAGACUGGCACUGGGCCUUGCAGGUGUCCCCUGUCCUGGGCAUGAUCACAGGAAUGCUCAUCCUCAUCCUGGUCCCAGCCACUAAGAGAGGCCAUGCCAACCAGCUUGGGGACCAGCUCAAGGCCUGGACCUCAUGGCUCCGAGAUAUGAAGGCCCUGAUCCGAAACCACAGGUACCUCUUCUCCUCCCUGGCCAUGUCGGCUGUCUCCUUCAACACAGGGGCCCUGGGCAUGUGGAUCCCACUCUAUCUGCACUGUGCACAAGUCGUGCAGAAGAUGGCGGAGUCAUGCAACAGCCUGCCCUGUGGGGGCCAAGACAGCCUCAUUUUUGGGGCCAUCACCUGCUUUACAGGCUUCCUGGGUGUGGUCACGGGUACGGGAGCCAUGCGCUGGUGCUGCCUGAGCGACCCCCUGGUGUGUGCCGUGGGCAUGCUGGGCUCUGCCAUCUUCAUCUGCCUGAUCUUCGUGGCUGCAAAGAGCAGCAUCGUAGGGGCCUAUAUCCAUAUCUUCAUCGGAGAGACACUGCUAUUUUCCAACUGGGCCAUCACCACCGACAUCCCUGGCUGCCAGGCACACCUGCCCAAGUGCUUGUGGCUGGGGCUGGCGGACAGAGGCCAUCUUCACUGGGUCAACAAUGGGCUCCAGCCCAGCCUGCUGGGGACAAAGGGCUGUCUGAGCAGCGAGCAGGGCUUGUGUCCCUGGGCACUGGGCUGGGCCCGGCUCCUUGGGCUGAUGACCUGCCCACCUAUCCCACAGUACGUGGUCAUGCCCACCUGGCAUGCCACGGCUGUGGUCUUGCAGAGCUUCACCUCCCACCUGCCGGGGGAUGCCAGGAGUUCCUACCUCAUCAGCUUUAUCUCAGACCUGAUCUGCCAGAGCACCAAGGACUCCCUGCUCUGGGAGUUCCUGAGCCUGGGCUAUGCGGUCAUGCUCUGCCCCUUUGUCAUCAUCCUGGGGGUCAUGUUCUUCCUCGCCAUGGUGCUCUUCUUCCUCAGCAACUGUGCCAAGGCUGAGCAGCAGCUCAACCAGCGGGUGAUGCUGCCUUCAUCUGUGGAAGUAAGGCUAGGUGCCCCUGGGACAAUCUGGAAGGUGUCCUACGGCAUCCGGGACCACCUGGGCUGCCCACAGGCUUUCUGUGUUAUCCACGGCUAG